AUGGGAGGUAACGCCGCACCCUUCAAACCCCUUCAAGAUAAAGCUCAUCUGCCGACAGGAUCCAGACAAAUCAUCCUGACUGUCCUAUUGGUGACCAUCCUCCUCGACCCUGGAGCCACCCAUGACAACCUGCAUCAGCUGGCCAAAAUCACCUGGAAACUUCAAGACGGACUAACACGAGAGGUGCUUGACUUAAUCACAGAAGUACAUCCUCCGAACACCUGGUGGCCAGACCUAUAUUUUGACCUAAAGCCUGUGGUGGGGCAGCGGGGACAGAGGACAGCGGCAGCCUCGAGCUCCCGCGUAGGGUACACCCAGGACCCCAGACCUCGACUUCGGGGCCCCUGGGCUCUCAGCUUCGCCGUCUUGGGUGUCUUGCUGUUGGUCAAACCUGCUUCAGCCAUGUCUGUAAGGAAGGAUGAAAUUCCCCAGCAGUCAUCAGCCCCACUGGAAGGGAGCCUCCAACAGAAGUUAUGUCUACCAGGAUUCUAUAUGGAAAAAGCCAGUAGAGGUUGUGCCCCGUGCACCGAUGGGACAGACUACACCAAUCAUUCAAACACCCUCCCUUCUUGCCUACCUUGCAUGACUUGCAAAUCAGGAGAAGAAGAAAAAAAUCGCUGCACCCCCACCAAGGACACUGAGUGUCAGUGCAAACCUGGCACUUUCUGUGGAGCAGAUGCACCUGAAUUCUGUCAAAAAUGCAGCACCAGGUGCCCUGAUGGGAAGGUCAUGGUCAUGCACUGUACCCCCUGGAGCAACAUCAAGUGUGUGGACCAAGAAUCAGGUACCCUGGCCCAUGGGGAGGCCCCAGUUCCUGGAGAGCUAGGAACUCCCUCUCCCUCCUCAGGCACUUCAAGGCUGGUGAUUGGAAUUGUAUCUGGAAUCACCAUUGUCCUAGUCGGAUGUGUGGUAUGGUGCUUCUUUAACGGAAGAGAAGCUGACAGGAUAACGCCCAGUCCCGAGAUGCAGCAGGAACCAGCAGCACCUGAAGGACCUCAGAGGAGAAGAUGGCUGCUGGUUCCAACAGAUGGCACUCAAAGCCUGAAGCUGUUCUUCAGUGACUUUGCAGCUAUCUUUUCCUUGUGACUUCUGUGAUUCGCUCCUGAGGCAGUUGGGCCUCACAUGAAAUGAGAUCCUUGUGGGCAGAGAAUAGGCCUGGGUCUCUCCGGAUGCCUUGUGUGAAAUACUGCCAGUCACCAAGAAGGGACAGAGGACCUCAGUCAACACCCUGAUGGAUGCCUUGGAAAUGCUGGGGCAAAGAGUGACAAAAGAGACCAUUCAAGAGGGCCUGCUGAACUCAGGAAAGUAUUAACAUGUUUAUGAAGAAAGUGAGACAGGCUCUGCUGUGCCCUGACUGUUUGAGGACCUCAGUCUUUCAGCUCAGGACACACUCCUAAUAGGCUUCUAGUUUUUAUUUGUAUUUGUUUGAAAUUUGUCAUUCAUGGUAAUAGGUAUGCAUUUAAUGACGUAACUUAUAAUGAAAGUGUUAGUCACUGAGUCAUGUCCAACUCUUUGCGACCCUAUGGACUGUAGCUCACCAGGCUCUUCUGUCCAUGGGGUUUCUCCAGGCAAGAAUACUGGAGUGGGUUGCCGUUUCCUUCGCCAGGGGAUCUUCCUUACCCAGGGAUGGAGCCUGGGUCUCCUUCACUGCAGGCAGUCUCUUUACUGACUGGUCCACCAGGGAGGCCCCGUAACUUGUGAUAUACAUCAUUAAAGUGCAAACAUCU